GGCGAGCACCGAUGGUCCCGGGAAGUUUUGCAAGAAAAAUGAGUGCACGUGCGACCACGGGGUCGGCUGCGAGGCCGACCGCUGCCCCGAGCACCAGUCGCCCAAAUGCGCCUCUUGCAACGACCAGGCCGGCUACGUGCUUGACGGCGAGGAAGACACGUGCGUGCCAAAAGUUUGCAAAUGUUUGAACGGAGAACCCGCGAAACUUGCCGCCUGCCCGCACAAUAAAGAUCCCAAGUGCGCCAAGUGCGACGCUGGGUUCCACCUCACGCCGGACUUUAAGUGCGAGGAAAAUGCCUGCAAGUGCGACCAUGGCCAGCCCACCAUGGGUUUAACGUGCGAAAAGCAUGGCGCUGUCGAUUGCGAAAGCUGCGACGACGGUUACCACCAGCGCGCACUAGCUCCAGGGCUGCAGGCGGAUAAUUUAUCUAGUGGGGCGGAAAGUAAGCAGUUCGAGUGUGCGCUCAACGAGUGCAAAUGUGCGCAUGGCAAGGCCGCGGUUGGCAAAAAAUGUCCGCAGACGGGGGAGCCGAAGUGCGAAUCUUGCGACGAACAAGCGGGCUUUUCCCUCACCGAGGACUCGCUGUGCGAGAAGCGGAAGUGCCUCUGCGAGCACGGGGAGGCGGCAGUUGGCCAAGCGUGUCCGAAGACGGGCGAUGCGAAAUGCGUGAAGUGCGACAAGGGUUACCUCUUGGACGAGGAGGAUGGUAUCUGCAAGGAACCCGAAUCGAAAACGUUGAGCCUGCAAACCGGAAAAGCCACGUGGAUUGGGUGCUUCAAGGACGACAAGAGCCGCUCCAUGAAGCGGUACAUCGGGAACCAGAUGACCGUGGAGGGCUGCAAAGCCGCCUGCAGUCACUACGACUAUUUCGCAAUUCAGUACGGCACCGAGUGCCGGUGCGCAAACAAGUUCGAGUUUGCGAAAUACGUCGAACAAGGUCCGGACCAGAAAUACGGAAAGGCGAGCACGUUCGACUGCAAGUUGUGUGAGGAAGACAAGGCGCUAAAGCCGUCGGACCCGAAGGCAAAGUGGUGCGGUGGCGGAUGGCGAAACUCCGUGUACGAACACAAACGCGAUGUGGAGUUAUCAAAAGGGAAAAAAACCCCUCCCCAUAUCAAAACGAAAUUUCUGAUGUUGGAUUUGCGUACACAAAUCAGCCUUGUCUUGCAGUAGAGGACUGCAGGCCCAUAUCAUGCCUGCGUGGAGAGGUUUUGGCCUAGGCGCUCAGCAUGACAAAGGUCUAUGCCUUAGGCCCAUCAGCAUCACAAAGCGCCGGAAUAAUCCGGGGGGCCUUCUGGGUUCGCCUUCUUGCAAGGCAGUGGCGAUUUGUGACCACAAAUCACCAUCACAAAUUUCCAAAAGUGUGCCUUUUCAAUAUGGGGAGGGGGAGUUUUUCCUUCUCAUAGGAGUACGUCGGAUGCUACAAGGAUACCGGCGACCGCGCCUUGAAAAUGGUCGGGUGGAGCGAGAUAUCCUGUGCAAAAUUAUCGUACUCGUAUUCUUGCAGUCAUGCAUUACAAAUCUUUUCCUGAAGGUAGAUUCGCAUUACAAAUUUUAUUUCUCAUGCUGAGGAAAUUUGUACUGGAUUUAUACGAGUACGAUACUUUUGCAGUUCAUACGAGACCUUGGAAACGUGCGCGGAUAAGUGUUCGAAAGCGAACUACGACUACUUUGCCCUGCAGUGGGGCACGCAAUGCGGCUGUGGGAAUGGGAUGGACAAGAAAAAACACGGCGACAAGAUCGACGAUGGCAAGUAAAGAUGAUGUGCGAAUUAUAUCGUUGCUUAUUCCUAUUCGCAUAGUGAGCUCGAUGAUAGAGAUAGGGAAAAAAAAAGUGUGACUUUGGUCACAUCGAUCCGUUAGGUUUCCGAUACACUGCUCCACAACACACAAACAACUGUUCUACAACCAUUAGGUGCAACCACAAGGGCGCUCCGGCCUGCAAAGGCGGCGCGAAUUUCAAGUAUUGUGGCGGAGGGUGGAGUAAUGCGGUUUACCAGUACAUCGGUACCGACCAAGAUGCGCCGUUGCCGGCCUGCGAGAAGAAGAACGGCUGGCGGUGCGUGAACGAUAUCGCGGUCAAGUACUUCCAGACUCCCAUGAACUACAAGAAUGCGAUAUGCAAUGUAAAUUUCCUACUCCUGCACAUGUACAAAAUGCAUGACAAAUUUCGCUAACUUGCAGUGUCCAGCUUGUCAUGCUACACUAGGACUGAAGGCAAGUUUUGUCAUGCAGAGACUGCAUUUGUACGUGUACAGGAAAUUUACUGUGGAUAUGCGAUGCGCACGUGCUGGAGCUAUGGUGCGGUGCUCGCAAAGGUGAAUGAGCAAGAGGAAAACGAUAUCCUGAGUAAAAACGUACCCACACCAUAGUUGUCAUGCAACUCUGCAUGCUUAAAAUGUUUCUCAUGCGGAGCCCCAUGAGAAGCAUUUUCUAGUGCGGUUUUGAAAUUUGUCAUGCUCCAAUCAGCACGAGAUACUAGAUCUGUAAUGCUGCUAAACUAGCUCAAACAGCACUACACUACGCGGACAAACUUGUCAUGCCAAACAACCAAAGCUAGCUGAUUUGUCUAGCAGAUUCCCCAUCCUGACUCUGGUGUGGGUACGUUUUUACUCAGGAUAAACGAGGUUUUGCAGUACCUCGUCCCGCGCAAGAGGCGCAACGUCUACAUUGCGGCUUCCGACGUGCAAACGGGGAAGCAGUUCAUCUGGGCCGACGGCGAGGUCGUGCCCGACGACGACCCCGCCUGGAACAAGGGUGAGCCGAACAAUUGGCGCAACAAGGAGGACUGCACCGAGCGCAAGCCGAACGGAAAAUGGAACGACAUCGCGUGCUUCGGCAAGCGCGACUUCGUGUGCUCCAAGCCGCGGGAGGUGGGGAAGUCCAUGCUGGACUUGGAAAAGAAGGAGGUCACGCUCGUCACCGGCAAAGCGACCCACCUGGGCUGCUUUGGAGACGACAAGCAUCGCGCCAUCAAGCGCUACCACGGGCGGGGCCUCACGCUGGCCAGUUGCAAAGCGCAGUGCUCGCACUACGACUACUUCGCAAUACAAGCCAAUCACUUCUGCUUCUGCGCGAACAAGGGGUUUUGGGACACGAGUGUCCCCAAGUACCAGGACGUGCCCCCGACCGAGUGUGCUUUCUGUUGGAAGCCGGUGGGCACCACGCGAGAACGGGACGUCGACCCCGAGCAGGGAUACAAGUGCGGGUCGGGCUGGCGCAACUCCGUGUACCAGCACGAGCCCGACGUGGAGUACGUCGGUUGCUUCCAGGACAAGCCGGCCCGUGCGUUGAAAAUGGUCAGCUGGAACGCGGACUUUGACUACUGCGCGGACCGCUGCGCCAAGACCGGCAGCAAGUUUUUCGCCCUGCAGUGGGGCAACCAGUGCGGGUGCGGGCAGACGGAAGAAGACCACAAGAAGUUUGGCGCGCGGCUGCCGGACGAAAAGUGCCACGUGCCGCACCGGAAGUGCAACCACAAUUCGGACUUCAAGUACUGCGGCGGCGGGUGGACCAACGCCGUGUACAGGUUCAAAGCCAACAAGGACCGCCCGGACGCGGACUAUCCUGUGCAAAAGUAUCGUACUCCUCGUAGUGAAAGUGAUCGCAAUUAUGCAUUACAAAUCUGGUUCCCAAGGCAAAUCAGCAUGACAAAUGGGAAUUUGUUAUGCUGAGCGAAUUUGUAUUGCAAUUCCUACUAGUACGAUACUUUUGCAAUGCAUACGGACAAGUCCGUCACGAUCCCCAGCUGCAAGGACGACUCGGACUGGCGGUGCGCGGGCGACCUCGCCUACAUAUGGGAGUGUCAGAAUCGAAAUUAACAAAAUCGAAAUGAUUUGUCAUGCACAAAAUACAUUCCAGCUCGAACCCAGUUUCUAAGUGGCGCAUGACAAAUUCUGGUGGUGCCUGAAUACAGUUUGUAAUGCUGCUUCGGCAAAGAAGACUGCUUCUCUCAUGCUGCUUUAGCAGCUCGAGCUAUAACCCCAAACAGGCUUACAAUCGGCCUCACUUGCCUGCUCUGCAUCACACACAUUUCGCGUCAUGUAUUUUAUGCAUUACAAAUUUUUCGAUUUUGUCAAUUUCGAUCCUGACAGGAGUUCCAUACUACAAGUACUUUCCGUACACUCUCAACUUCAACCAGGCCAUGGACUACUGCAUGUCCUUCGGGGCGACAGUUGCGACGGUGAAGAGCAAGUGGCAGAACGAGGUGGUCCGUGCGCUCAGUGGGAAGCUGACGCAGCCCUACAUCGGUGCGAACGACAAAAACACGGAGAGGCAGUUCGUCUGGCCCGGGGACGGCUCACUCGUGUCGCAAACGUACAGCAGCUGGAACCGCGGGGAGCCGAACGACUGGAGAAAAUCAGAAGACUGCACCGCGGUCCGGAGAGCCGGCGACGGCCUGACGUGGAACGACUUGACCUGCAACAGCAGGCGAGACUUCGUUUGCAGCAAGCCGAUCGAAACGCCGGAGCCGCCGGUACUCGAGCUCGCGGUCGGGUCGGUCAAGUACCUCGGCUGUUUCAAAGACAACGGCAAGCGGAACCUGAAGCGGUACCAGGGCAACGGGCACACCGUGGAGUCCUGCAAGGUGCAGUGCCAGUCCUACGACCUGUUCGCCGUGCAGAACGGCUCUGAGUGCUUCUGCGGCAACAAGAAUUUCGUGAAGCUGAGGGAAAGACCCGCGUACCCGGAAGCGCCCCUCACCGACUGUCGCGCCUGCAAGGCAAACGACAAAACGUUCUGCGGCGGGGGGUGGCGCAACAGCGUCUAUGAGCACGAACCGAACGUCGAGUUCCUCGGCUGCUUCAAGGACAAGCCAAAGCGCGCCAUGAAAAUGCAGUUUCCCGGCGGCAAAAAUUUGGAGGAGUGCAUGGACAUUUGCAGUUCCUACGAUUACUUCGCGCUGCAGUGGGGCGACCAGUGUGCCUGCGGAAACGGCGAUAUGAAAGACAAAUACGGAAAAGUGAGUAUCCUGAAUAAAAACGUACCCACACCAGAGUUGUAAUGCUGAUUUGCCAAGACAGGAAGAUUUGUAAUGCGCAUCCCCAGGAGAGCCAUUUCCAAUCGUGUUUUGGAAUUUGUAAUGCUGUAAACAGGAUGAGCAGAUGGAUUUCUGAUGCAGCUGCACUUGCUGACCUGCACUACACUGCGGAGUGCAACUUGUCAUGUGUGACUCCCAAAACUCCUAGGUUUGUGUUGCAAAAUCCCCAUCCUGACUCUGGUGUGGGUACGUUUUUACUCAGGAUAGUGAGCGACCAGAAGUGCACGGUGGGGCACAGAAGAUGUAAGGACAACGCGUUUUUCGACCGGUGCGGGGGCGGGUGGACCAACGCCGUGUACAGGUACAAAGACGUCGACCCAGCCAGCGUCGGAGGUCGUCCAGGUGGAAACAACAUGCUGCAAGUUGAGCACCAAGAAACUAUUAGUAUUACUUCUGAACAAGAACAUGAAAAGUUGUCUCAGGAUCCACUUUUGACUUCACUGGACGACGAGGACAAAAGCAAAAGCAUCAGUACUACUGGCCAUCUGCAAGAAGAUCAAGAAGAUCUUCUUCCCGUGGUCGCCCUUGAUGCGGCUCGUCGUGAAGCUACUGCAGCACGCAAUGAAAAAGCGGCUACCGAAGGACCGGCGACAGUCUCCAUGCUGCCGUGCAGCAAGGGCUGGCGCUGCCCUGCGGAUGACGACCAGUUUGCCUACAAAUUCUUCAGCGAGAAGAAGAACUUCAACGACGCCCUGCGGACUUGUUUCCAGUACGGCGGGGGCUCGCUCGCUACCGUUUUGUCGGAAUCCGUGAACCAGAAACUGUCGUACCUGGCCGGCAACAACGGGGCACUGAUCGGCUACAACGACAAGGACCUGGAUAUCCUGAGUAAAAAUGUCCCAACCCCAGAGUUGUCAUGCAGAUUUGCGAUGACAGGAAGACUUGUAAUGCGCAUCUCCAUGAGAGGCAUUACCAGUCGUGUUUUGAAAUUUGUAAUGCUGCAAACAGGAUAAGAAGAUGGAUUUGUGAUGCGGUUUUCCUUGCUAACAUGCACUACGCUACGGACUGCAACUUGUCAUGCGUGGCUCCCAAAACUUCUGGAUUUGUGUAGCUAAGUCCCCAACUUGACCCUGGUGUGGGGACGUUUUUACUCAGGAUACUGGAGGGCGUGUGGCAGUGGGCGGACCGCGGCCUGGCGAACGUGCUGCCGAAAAUCAAGUUCCGGAAACUCCACGACUAUGGAACUGUCAGGAUUGAAAUCGUCAAAGUUGAAAUAGUUUGUCAUGCAUAAGACGAAACGCAGAAAGUGCCUGUCUUGCAGAGUAGGCAAGGGAAGCAGAUUGCAAGCCUGUUUCGGGGUAGAAGUAGAGGUGCUAAAGUAGCAUGACAAAUUGCGUCUUCCUUACCCAAACAGCAUUACAGACUGGAUUUCGGCUCUACUUAAAUUUGCCAUGCGCCACUUGGAAAUUGGGCUUCCAUCCGGUAUCGAUUUUAUGCAUUACAAGUUAUUUGAACUUUGUCGAUUUCAACUCUGACACACCCAUAACGACGACAAGUACUGUAAGAAGGACGGGAAAAACUACCGCAUCGCGCACGACACAGGCACAAACGCCUGGAACAAAAAGGGGAAGCAAGCUCCGUGGAGCUCCCGGCAGCUGUGCGAGAAGGCCUGUGCCGACGACGGACUAUCCACAGAAAAAUAAAAACCCAUCCACAUCCAUUUUCUGCAUGACAAGCACAUGACUUGAUGCGUGUUUUGCAUGCCAAAUUGGAUGUGAAUGGGUUUUUUUCUGUGGAUACGGACGGUGCAACUUCUACCUGUGGCGGUUCGACGCGAAGGCCAAAAAGAAGUACGUGUGUGCGCGGUUCCGCAAGUGCGGCAAGGGCGUCAAGGCGUUCUCGGAUGGUGACGGUGGCAGUAUCUGGGAAAAAGUCACGGCUGUCGAAGGAAACGCCGGGGGCAAAAAAAAUGCGCCGGAGGAAUUUACGAACUGGAAGAAGAGAGAACCGAACAACUGGGGCAAUAGCAAUAGGGAAGACUGCACCGUCCGUAAAAGUGGAGGGAAGUGGAAUGACAUCAACUGCAACGCAAAGCGAAGCUUCAUCUGCUCCAAACCAAACCUGGACGGAACUGCGGAGCAGACGGAACCGUCUGCCAGCAUGUUGCUGCACACCGUGGCGGGCGUGGUGGAGCACAAGGGCUGCUUCAAAGACAACCGGCAGCGGAACUUGAAACGGCAGCUCGGCUCGGGCUUCGAUUUGGUCUCCUGCAAGAUUGCGUGCCAAAACUACAACUUUUUUGCGCUGCAAAACGGCUCGGAAUGCCGGUGCGGGAACCAGGGCUUUGUCGCGCUGCCGACGCAGGGGGACUCGUCGAACCACAAGUACGCACAGGCCCCGGCGUUUGAGUGCAAGCCGUGUGAGCGGAACAAUUUGUACAAGCUAGAAGAAACCGGGUUCUGCGGCGCCGGCUGGCGGAAUUCCGUCUACGAGCACCAGCCAGUGCUGAAGUACGUCGGGUGCUUCCGCGACCGACCGCAGAGGGCCAUGCCGCACUGGCCCAAAGGGGCACACACGGUGGAUUCCUGCAUGGACGCCUGCUUGCAGCACAAAUCCGGCAAAUUCAAGUACUUCGCGUUGCAGUGGGGCAACCAGUGCUUCUGCGCGGAAACUAUGGAGCAAGUGACCAAAUACGGCAAAAAAUUGGACGACAACCAGUGCACGGCUGGCCACCGCAAGUGCAAGGACGGGGCGCUCUUCAAGCGCUGCGGUGGCGGCUGGAGCAAUGCCGUGUACGAAUUUGAGCCGAAAACCGAGGACGAGACCGGCAAGGAGCCACAAAUUCGUCCCUGCAGGAACGGCCUGCAGUGCAUCGACCACACCGCCUACAAAUUUGUGAACAAGAAACUGAACUUCAAGAAAGCCAAUGCGUAUUGUGCGAAGGAAUUCGGCGCCUCGCUCGCGACGAUCGCGACGGAGAAGCAGAAUGAGCUGACGAACCACUUGCUGCACGGCUUUCGGUACAACGAAAGAGCAAAGGUCGCAAUCGGUUUGAACGACAAGCAGAAGGAAAAAAAGCACGUCUGGUUCGAGCACGGGGACGUGGCCGAGUGGAAGAACUGGGAACACAAGGAGCCCAACAACUGGCGCAACGAAGACUGCGCAAUCAAGCAGUACCCGGCCAGCGACGGCAAGUGGUUCGACAUCGGGUGCAACUCCAAGCACCCCUUUCUGUGUUCGAAACCGGAGUGCCCGACUUGCCGGUGCGAAAAGCCAGCCCAGUUGCGGGACUACCACAUCAAGCGCAUUGAGGUUUCGGGAGGGGACUGGACCACCGCGAGCUGCCCCGCGGGCUACAAGAUUAUUGGCGGCGGCUGCAAUUCCGAGAAGCGGCCGUGGAGGCUGCGGUACAACGCACCCGAGGGAGAUCGAGCUUGGAAGUGCGGCGGGCACGGGGGAAAAAAACGCGCGUACGCGAUCUGUGUCAAAGACGAGGAUCUGGAGCUACAGGUCAUCGAAAAGUCCGGCGGAGACUGGACCGUCCUCGAUUGCCCGCGAGGCACCCGGAUGGUAAACGGUGGCUGCGACGCGCACAAGCGUCCGUGGAGAUUUGAAGAUUCCGUUUCCAGCGGUAACGGCUGGAAGUGCGGGGGGCAGGGGGGCGCGAAGAAGGUUUUCGCGAUCUGCACACCGGAACUGGAAAUCCCGAUUGUGAACAUGUUCAACUUGGCCCGUGAUUGGGUCACUGCCACUUGCCCAAAGAGCUACAAGAUGAUCGGUGGUGGUUGUGAUGUGGUAAAACACCCACACAUUUUGCAGAAGCACGGGGUCAAGAACAAAAAUAAAUACCAGUGCGGUGGGCACGGCAGUCAGAAGCGUGCGUAUGCGACAUGUUUGCGAAACGUUGUCGAAGAAGGAUCAAGCUUGCUCAUGAUGCAAGAGCCCGCACAGAAAGCUCUACUAGAUCCGCCGACGGAAGGGACUAAUAUCGAGGGUCGUGCUCGUGGUGCUGCUCUGCACACCCUCACCGACGCAACGAAGCGCCUGCAAGCAGCUGCGCAUGCCAACAACGUGGCGUCGCACGAGUCACACAGCAGUUCGGCUGUUGAGAACGAAGCAACAAGAUCUUCUUCUCAACUCGCUAAUGCUGCCGCGCAAAACUUCCUGCUGGAAAACUCUAGCUAUUCUGCAGCAGCCGGGUCAGGCUCCAGGUCCGGCGUUAGCGUUUCAUCAGAGGUGAUCAAAACAAAAGCCGAGAACGAGGAAACGCUCACUGCAAACCGCGCAAAUCUGCUCUACCGCUAUUUUCUUUUUCGCGAUCUGCAGCAAAAGAAAAAUUACGCGCAGCAACGAUCUGUGGGGUCUUCUUCAACUGCGGCACAUGCAACCUGCCCGAACUGCCCUUCGUGCCCGCCGUUACCUGCGAAAACGAAAUACAACAUCAAAAGAAUCAGUUCGACUGGCGGCGAUUGGCACAAGGUUGAGUGUCCCGCAAACUAUUCCCCGAUCGGAGGGGGCUGUGACAACACACGACCGCCCCACAUCGUGCAAAUGAGCGCGCCAGACGGGCGUGGCUGGAAAUGCGGCGGGCACGGCGGAAAGAAAAAGGUUUGGGUGGUGUGCAUCCCGGAUCACGAACUGAAAGUGAAGAUCGUGUCCCAGCGCGGGGGCGAUUGGUUUCGGAAGCAGUGCCCAAAGAACACAAAAGUGAUAGGCGGCGGAUGCAACAACGAAAAGCGCCCCUGGCGCAUCGAAGAUUCCAUUCCGGAGGAGAACGGGUGGCGGUGCGGAGGCAGCGGCGGAAAGAAGCGAACAUAUGCGAUCUGUACGCCAGAACUCGACCUGCCUGUCACGAUUGUGAACAAAUGGGGCAACGACUGGGCCACGGCUUGGUGUCCGGAAAAGUACACGCUGAUAGGAGGCGGAUGCAACGUGCAGGGGGGAAAGUGGAUCUUUUCCUGGAAUGGGCCCGAUAAUAACCGGAGUGCUUACAAAUGCGGGGGGCAUGGUGGCUGGAAAGAAGCGUACGCGAUCUGCAUGCUGGCAGAAAAAUACUAAUCGAAAUUAUCGGCGAUGAAGAACUGAACAUCUUCCCCCAGCGCAAAUCCAAAUCCAAAUGAAAUAAUUGGAAUUGCGCUGUGAUGGACCUGCUGUAGAGGAGUGUCGGAGUUGCAGAGAGAGGCACAAUGAAUCGGCGUCGCCGAGGUUCCACGAGCAGAUCGAUAAACAUCAUAUGUAGUGAGGUCACCGAACGGUUCUAACCGGGGAGUUUUUUUGACACCCAGCCAGCAAAACGACCGGCAGUUUUCAAGCGGCCGAAAGCGUUUUUUGACAUAAAAAAUUUUCAAUUAUCAAGCGGGCGGGGCUUUGAUAUCAAACAAGCCCGGUCGAAAACUAUCGAUUCGCACUUGAUAAAACGACGCAGGGGAGCCGGCAAAAGGGGCGCCCUUCUGAGGAGCCCACCGCCUUAGUUUCUGGCGAUUUGGGGCGCCCAAAAAGAGGCGCGCAAAAAGCGCGCCCAAAAUCAGAAAAGCGAAACAGCAUGGCACGGCCGCGAUUUCGAAGCAUUUUGGGCGGCCGCGAAAGCGGCCGCCUUUUCGCCGGUUUCAGAGCCUGGGGAGCUUUGCAAAAAGCGCCGGCGUGAAAAAUAAAAACGCAAAAGGGAAAAAGCGCGCCAGACGCGCAAAGCCAACCCGCAUGCUGCGGGCCCGAUUUUUCUUUGCUUUUUGAGCGCCCCCCGUGGCGCCCGGAUCGGCCCCAUAGCAUCGGGGCUCGCUUUCGGAAAGGAAUUUUGGAAAUGUGCCAAUAUUUGUGAUGUUUCUCAAGUGACCGCCAUACCGUGCGGCAUAACGUUACUCACGGCGGUAUGGCGAGCCCAGAAAAAGCAAAGCCGCGGCCAAGGCGGCGGUCGGAAAAAAACGCCCACGAACUCACUACCCCCGCCCCGGCGGCUAUAUUUGGUAAUAUUCUCCUGUAACCAUAAAUAAAUGCAGCGAGUCUCCAGAAUCACACUCCUCAUCUCGACAUACUUUUGCAGCAACCCUAAACGACAUCAACAACUUCAACUACUUACAUCAUUACCUCACAUUUUCAACAUGAACAUUUUCUUUUCCCUUGCUCGUUGGGUGUCUGGUCUUGUCACUCGAUAUUUCGCAUCUUCUUUGAUAUUGGAGUGUAUGAAUCCUCAUUAUCGACACAUAAUAGGUUUCAGGAUGAUGUGUACAUGAUGUUGAUGAAAGAAUGUUCAAGAUGAUGCAAGAAAAUAAAUGAAAAUGGGAAGGACACAC